CCUGGCGCGUCGGCAGCGGGCGCCCGUGGCGCUCGGCGGGCCCCGCCGCCGUCCCGCCGCCAUGGGGCCGCUGCUGUGGCUGCUGCUGGUGCCGCUGGGCGCGGGCUCCCCGGCGUACGAGGUGUACGUGGAUGCCCAGCGGGCCGAGCGGCCCCUGCAGCACUUUUGGAGGAGCACUGGCUUCUGCCCUCCUUUACCUCACAGCCGUGCUGACCUGUUUGACCUGAGCAAAGAUCAAGAGCUGAACCUUGCCUACAUUUCUUCUGUUCCACAUGGUGGCAUUGAACAAGUUCGAAUUCACUGGUUACUGGAAUUAGUUGCUCUUAGAGUGAUGAAUGGCAGACUUUACUACAAUUUUACUGCCUUGGACAACCUUAUGGAUCUCCUGUGGGAAAACAAGCUAAUUCCAGGAUUUGAACUGAUGGGGAAUCCAACAAGAUAUUUUUUAGAUUUUGAAGAUAAAGAACAGGUAGUAAGAUGGAGAAACUUAAUUACAAUUCUGGCCAACAGAUACAUAGAUAGGUAUGGAUUGGAGCAUGUUGCUAAAUGGAAUUUUGAAACAUGGAAUGAACCAGACCACCAUGACUUUGACAAUGUGUCUAUGACAGUGAAAGGGUUUCUCAACUACUACGAUGCUUGCUCAGAAGGAUUAAGAGCAGCCAAUCCUCUUCUGAAAUUUGGAGGGCCUGGGGAUUCAUUCCACCCCUUACCCAAGUCACCCAUAUGCUGGAGUCUUCUGUGUCAUUGCUACAAUGGGACCAACUUCUUCACAGGGGAGACUGGUGUAAGGCUGGACUACAUCUCUCUCCAUAAGAAGGGAGGUGGGAGUUCUCUCUACAUCUUGCAACAAGAAGUAGAAGCAGUUCAACAAAUUCAGAAGCUGUUUCCAAGGUUUUCUUCUGUUGCCAUAUACAAUGAUGAAGCAGAUCCAAUGGUUGGAUGGUCCAUUCCCCAACUCUGGCGAGCUGAUGUGACUUAUGCAGCUAUGGUUGUAAAGGUCAUCAUCCAGCACCAAAACCUGCUCAUUUCUAAAGCCAACAACACCAUCAACUACACAUUGCUGAGUAAUGACAAUGCCUUCUUGAGCUACUACCCCCAUUACUUCACACAGCGGACUCUGACAGCACGUUUUCAGAUGAACAACACAAAGCCACCUCAUGUCCAGAUGGUGCGGAAACCGGUGCUGACUGUCAUGGGCUUGCUGGCACUGCUAGGAGAAAAGCAGAUUUUUGCGGAAGUGAAGAGCAAUGGGGUUGAAAGCACUCAAAGCAGCACAAUUGACGUGCUGGUGUCUGUGCACACACCGAGUGAGAUGCAACCCUCAGACAGCUGGCAAGCUACCCUACUGAUGUAUUUAAGUGAGGAUAACAAGACUUCAACCAACAUCAGCACCGUCACAGUGAAUGCCACCCACUUCCCCAGUCUUAGAGAGCUGGUGUAUGUGACGUAUUACCUGGAUAACAACCAAACCAAUCCCUACCUGAAGUGGAAAAACCUAGGAAGCCCUGACUUUCCUUCUCCAGAACAGUUCCAGCAAAUAAGGGAUGCUGAGGACCCACUGACAGCAGGCCCAUUCCCACUUCCUGAAGGUGGCAUCUUGACACUGAAACAAGACUUUCCCAUUCCCUCAGUCUUUCUUGUCCACAUCUGUGCAAGACCCAGAUCUGCUCCGGGUCAAGUGACUGGUGUUCGUUUGAUCCCUCUCACAAAGGGGCAGGUCACUGUGCUGUGGGACGAUGAUCAUGUAAAUUCAAAGUGUAUAAAGACGUUUGAAGUGGAAUUCUCAUCAGAUGGAAAAGCAUACCAGCGGAUUAAUGCCAAAGACACAAUAUUCACUCUCUGGGUCUACAGUCCAGGAAGCUCAGUCUCCGGCUUUUACAGAGUGCGUGCCAUUGACUACUGGGGGAAGGCAGGCCCGUCCUCUCUUCCCGUGGAGUAUGUUGAAGCUUUCAAGUGACCCUGAAGAGUGGUGCCUGGCUUGGUGUCAGACUGGUGUAUGUUCCCUGCAAAUGACAAGCCCCCAGAAAAAUAAACUCCUCCCAGGCUGAGGAGGGAGUAUGGAAAGGAUGAAGCAAGUUAGGAAUGCAAGUUAGGAGCAACUGCCCCUAUUAACUCUUCAUAGCGCUAAAGACAGCAUUAUCAAACAGCCACAACUGACAACUCAACUGGUCAGAGGCUGCCAUAGGACUGGGAUUCAGCUUGCUAACUAGAAAUUACGGGAAUAAAUAUUUAUUAUUCCCUAUUUUACGCUGAGCUAAUGGCCAGGACAAGCAAAGAUUUAUAGAGGUCACAAACUGCGUCAGGAACAGGUCCAUUGCUUCAUUGUGUGAGUGAGGAUGGCAGCAGAGACCUGAUUGAGAGUAAACUGCCUGCCUUAGCUACCAGGCUGUCUUGACAUAACGGUUUGAUGGAAAAGUGCCCAGCAACCAAACACAUCCAAAGCAUGAGGUGAAGCAUCCCUUCUUCCCUGCUGGUUAGUCACAGCAGGUUAUUUCAGAUCAGUUGCCAUGUCUUCAGGUGUAUGAGGUUUUUCACUCUCUCACAGAGGGGUUUCCACCCAGCUCUCUCAGCAUUUGUGACUGUUCCUGGCAUGCCACAACUAUUUCCCAUAGGCAGAGGAAGGGGUAGCAGCUCCUCCUCAGAGAGGAAGACUAAACAGAGAGCCCUAGGCUCCAAACUUCCCCGCCUUUUCUGUUUUCUCUUUUUGCCCAAGUCACCUGCUUGCACCAUGGCCAUGAGCCACUGCCUCUUUGUGGUGGAGGCUCUAACCCUGAAAGUCCCUCUUCCUUUCCAUUGCUGUCACCAUUACUGUCACCUCUCUUGGCAUCCUACAGCCCUUAGAGGUGAGGUCUCCCCCCAGCACGCCUUGCCUCUCAGACUGUAAGUCACCACUCGGUUUUGGAUAAUCAGGAGAAAGCUAAAACACCAGUUAGAACCUUUUGUGUUUUCGUAUUACAGGAGAGCACACUCUUGAAUGUAGCAGGGCUGCUACUCACAACACCUAGGAAAUUGACCAAGAACAGUCUGAGCUUCUGUGCUUUGCAAGGCAUGUGCACAAGUGUGAGAUAGCCCUAGAUCAUGGGCUACAGAACACUACUGGCUGUGCUUGCAGCUGCCAAACACUUUAUGUAAACAGCAAAGUUCCCUGAAAUUACAGGGGUGUUUUUUUACUCUCCCCUUUUCACAAUUGGCACAGUUUGAGCUAUGCCUCUAAAACACUUGUAGAAAGAAGGAUAAUGCCAGAGAAAACAGCUGGAGUGUUUUCCAUAAGGGGACUGACUUUGUCACACAAACAAAUCCCCUACUGCUUUCUUUGCUGACAUCAGUCACCUCACCAACAUAACAACAAAGACUGUGUGGAACAUUGAGGUCUCAGAGAAAAAAAAACAAAAAAACAAAACCAAAACCAAAACCAACAAGUUUGCACAGUAGGAGAGAGCUGAAUUACCUCAAAUGCCCUCACUUUUACAGCACAGAAAAGAAGCGUAUACAAAAAGCCAGUACACGCUGAGGUGUGGCCUUGUAUCUCCUUACCUUCUGAUUACUUGUUCAUAUGCUUACACCGAAAAUUAGCCUUAAAAGAUUAAUUUUGUCACAGAAUUGAGGUGAAAUAUUUCUUGCUUCACUAAAGCUUGAAUAAGGGUCACAUGUCACAUUCUAAUCUUCCAACUCCUUGUCCAUAAGGCAGAACAGAAAAGGGCCAUGGAGCCUACUGAAGGGAUAACCUUCUCAGUUUUGGAAAAGUUACUGGUAAGUUCUACUUGGAUGGAGAUAGUAAAAAUGCGUUUUCAAGUUGUUAUAGCUGUCCCUAAGUGAAGAAUCAGAAUACACAUUUAAAUAAAAUCUAGCAGUUAAGACAUAUUGUUUUGCUAGUAUGAGAUGGAACAACAACAACAAAUUAUUUAGAGAAAAUUUAAGUAUAGGAAUUUGAGAGAUUUUAGUGUGUCUGAAGCAGGAAAAGAUACAAGUGCUUGAGAGGACAGCUGACCCUUUUAGAAUGUCCUACCUGAGUAGCCUUCUGGUUUAAAAUUUUCCCACACUGGCAAUCAGAAUAUAGCAGUCUUUAUCAAGCUAAGGACAAUGCACCAGCUACAGCUGUUUGGAAAAAAAAAAGAAACAUAGCUGUUUUGAAGAGUAUUGAUUUUAUUAUUCAGGGAUAUAGAAGAAAAUAUAUGUAAGUGCAAACCAUGAAAAAUAGAAGAUUUCUUCUAAAAAUCUUCUUUGCUGCUAUGGUAUGAACUUAUUCCUUUAAGGAAUAAGUGUGUAUAAACAAUUACAGAGAGAAGAUAAUUUGAUAUUUACAGGCUUGAAUGUAUUUCAAACAAAGUGUAGAAGUUUCGGAAUGCCCUUGUCUUUUCUCUAAUUUAACGUCUGCAGAAAAACAUUGUUUAAUACUUGAAACUUGAGAUUUCUGUAACGCUCUGUUGCUGACUCUGUCUGAUAUUGCUUUCAAAAUUGCAUGUUUAACUAAUCUCCCCUGUUACCAGGCAGUGAUCAGCCUCCCAUCACAGUUUGAGUAACAGGUGCUUAGUAGCUCUGUAGUAUCAGAACCAAAGCAAGAUUGCAGAGCAGUCAGGUGUAUCUCUUGCUGGCCAUAAAUCCAAGUAAGAAAAUCUAACUGCAUCUGCAAGAUAGGAUUAUUUACCUGCACUUCAAACAAAACCUUCUGAGGGGAUAUAACAAUUUUGCAACCAUAUAACAAUUUUGCAACUGAAAGAAUCUUUCAGCUGAGUGUUUUAUUUUGUCUGAUUGUGUAUAUGCUGCAUUUGUUACCAUGUUUUAUGCUACCCAAUAAAACCAGUUUUUAAUCUUUCACAUGAA